AUGGCUCCGCCAAAAAUUCACCAAAAGACUAGAGAUACCAUAAAUCAAAUAUCCAAUGUUAAUCCUCAGGACCAGUUCAUCCCAGUUGAACAUUUAUUACCUUGUUUGCAGAUAUAUCAAACUUUUUUCCCUGGUGUAUGGCCAGUGGUGUCGGUGGCACAGUUGAUUUCGGUUUUGAUGAACAAGUCGUAUACCACAAUGGAUACUUUGUCUGCAUAUUCCUUAAGUUGUGCCAUUUCAGCUGCCGUUAUUGUCCAAGUAUCUUUCUUAAAGAACAAGAAUCACUUGUUUCCGAUCCUGGAUACUAUCAAGAGUUUAGAUUUUGUUUCACAAUCAGUUAAAGCCCGUGAUAUGUUUAAUUAUAGAUCACAUCCUAGUUUAGAUACACUUUUGACAUCGUUUUUCUUAUAUGUGUAUUAUGUUAACACCGAGUCAGGAACUCCAGCAGCAUUGAACUACCUUCGCGAAUCCAUAUCAACUGCACAAAUCUUGGGGUUGCAUAACCCUUCAACUUAUACCAAUAAGUCACCUGCAGAAGUCCAUAGAAUGAGAAAAAUUUAUUACUUAUUACUUGUUACAGAAAGAUUUACUGCUAUAGAAGAUUGUUUGCCAGUCAUUUUAGAACCUUCAAUUCCAUUGCCAUCUUUAGAAGACGAAGAAUAUCCAAUUUUAAUUAGUGGGUUCCGAGAAUUGGUCAAGAUUUUCGCUAUUCCCGACAAGUCUUUCUUUGACAGAUUUAUCUCUUUAAACACCAAUGCAUCCAGUCUUCCUUCUUCAUCUUGGAUAGUUAAUGUCCAACAACAACUAGGAAAUAUCAAAAUCAUGGAAAAUGCCCCUGACAUUCAAAAGUUAAAUAUAAUCAUCAGUAAAUACUGGAUGAAAUCGUUAACAUGGAAAUUAGCACAAAAGAACAAUCUUCUCGACGAGAUGGAACCAAGUUUAUCUAUAAAGUUCCCAUUUGCCAUAGCCAAUGAUUUCCUCGAUGAAACCAAGGAUUUGCCCAUAAGUUCUUAUGAAUCAAACGGUCCAGGUGUAUGUGUUAAAUUAUUAGCCAUGGUGGAUACUUUAGUGGAUGCAAUAAAUACAAGUCAAGAUAAUACCGGGUUAACCAGUUUACAUGGAGUUAUUUCUUUGCUUGUUCAAUUGAAGAAUGAUAUUUCAUUACCAAUUCAUGAAUACAACAAGAUUAUUAAUAUGAGUAACAAUCUUUCUACUAAUGCGUUUGCAACAGUUCCUCGUAACGAAGGAUAUAUUUCAGAACUUGGAUCCGAUGAUUCCUCAGAAAGAAGCGAACAUGAUGAUAUUAACCAACCAUCACCAUUUACACAAAUGACAAUGGCAUUUUGGAUGGGUCCUACUGGUACCACACCUUUAGAGGUUCCUGCUCCUGUUCCAGUACAGAUCCAAGUGCCAUUUUCAGAAAAUUCAUUACUGGAUUUAUAUAACCAGUUAUAUUCUUAG